UAAGGCAGUCUCUGAUUCAUGUAACUUCAGAUCAGUUGACUUUGCUCCCAGGACUAAGGCAACUUUCAUUCUAAAAGAAAAUGCUCUUUAAUUUGCGGAACCUGCUCAAUGCUGCAACUUUAAGAAAUAGCAGCAAGCAACUGGUGCAACAUUUUCGGUCUGGGCAACCAACUCAAACUAAUAUUAAUCUGAAAGGUCGUGACCUCCUAACUCUGCAAAGUUACACAGCGGAAGAAAUAAAGUAUUUGCUAUGGACGGCAUCAGAUUUGAAACAAAGAAUAAAGGACAAGGGAGAGUAUUUGCCUUUGUUGCAAGGAAAAUCUUUAGCCAUGAUUUUUGAGAAAAGAAGUACCCGAACAAGAUUAUCCACUGAAACAGGGUUUGCUCUCCUUGGGGGACAUCCUUGUUUCCUUACAACCCAGGACAUACAUUUGGGUGUUAACGAGAGUCUCACAGAUACAGCACGGGUGCUGUCUAGCAUGACAAAUGCAGUCUUGGCCAGAGUUUAUAAACAAUCUGAUCUGGACCUGUUGGCGAAAGAAGCCUCAAUCCCAAUAGUCAAUGGAUUGUCUGAUUCAUACCAUCCUAUCCAGAUUUUAGCUGAUUACCUUACACUCCAGGAACACUAUGGCUAUCUGAAGGGGCUCACAAUAAGCUGGAUUGGUGAUGGAAACAAUGUCCUGAAUUCCAUCCUGAUGAGUGCUGCUAAAUUUGGGAUGCAUCUGCGUGUUGCUACUCCAAAGGGCUUUGAACCGGACCCCAACAUCGUUAAAGUAGCUGAAGAGUACUCCAAAGAGUAUAGCACCAAAUUGUUUUUCACGACUGAUCCCUUGGAAGCUGCAAGUGGAGCCAAUGUCCUAGUUACAGACACAUGGAUAAGCAUGGGACAAGAAGAGGAGAAGGCAAAGCGAUUGAAGGCUUUCCAAGGUUACCAGAUCACAAUGCAGACUGGAAAACAUGCGGCCUCUGACUGGACCUUUUUACACUGUUUACCAAGAAAGCCAGAAGAAGUUAAUGAUGAAGUAUUUUAUUCUCCACGAUCACUAGCUUUCCAGGAGGCUGAAAACAGAAAAUGGACAAUUAUG